GGGGAUUCCGGCAGCGCACUACAUUCACCUGCAUCAACUUCGUCAAAAAAAUAACUCUACUGAGUAUUUAUUUUUUUACAGAUUAUUAUCGCUCUUUUUGUGGCCUGUGCCAAUGGAGCCUCUCUGAGAUCAGAAGCUGAGGCACGUAUUUUGAGACAGGAUGCCGACAUUAGUCCUGAAGGGUCCUACCAAUGGGCUAUGAGACAGAAAACGGAAUUGCAGCCCAAGAACAGGGUCGACCACGUCAAGUAGGACCAGAGUUAGCAGUAGUUGCACAAGGCGCUUUCUCCUACACGGCUCCAGAUGGAACUCCAAUCCAAGUGACCUACAUUGCUGACGAGAAUGGAUUCCAACCUCAAGGUGCUCAUCUGCCAAUUCCACCACCAAUCCCAGAGGCCAUCCAGAAAUCCUUGGAAUUCAACGCUAGAAAUCAAGCUCCACCUCAAAGGCAGUUCUUCUAAGGAGAUUAGAUUGGUACAUAAGUCAGUUGAAAUAUGAGUAAUGGCUCACUACCGAAGUUUAGACUUACUAUUUUUCAUGAUUUACUUAUUGAAAUAAGGCAUUGCUAUUGAAACCAUAUUACUGCGAAGCAAAACUUUAAAAUUGCUCCAGUUUACUCGUUUGUAUGUAGCAUGGACUCCCUGGCUAAGAAAAAGCGAUGCAAGCAAUUCGAAGUGCCAUAUUCUCUUAAAAGCUUCGUAGUUUAAGGCAAAUGUCACAGGAUCAAAAUUUACUGUAGCCCAUAACAUCAGUAUUUACUGAUGAUUCCAUCAAUGUCAAGGGAUACUACGUGAACUUAUCCAUCUUUAAUUAAUGAUGUCCUGGCUACACGGUCAAUAAAUAUCACAUCCCAUGGUAAACACUGACGGAUCUCAGUAAAUUCUAAUCGUGGGACAUUUGCCUAUUAUGACAGCUUCAAUCAGCUAUUUUGUGAAAAUCAGCUGUUUUUGUGUCCUUGUACGCUAUUGCGGAUACAGGUUGCUGUUUCGUGGACUUGGUCAUCUUUUAAACAGAAUUUGACCAAGGUGUCUUGAAAUUUUGAUAUUCUGUGUUCAUCUUCAUAGUUGACAAUUUGUAAGUUUAUUACUCUUAUUUCAAUGACUUAAAGAAACUACGCUUUUAGAACAUGAAAUGUUAGCUUUGAUAUUGUUGCAAAAAAAUUUCUACCAAAACUUUCGCAAUCUUUCUUACAUAGUAAUACAGUCUAUGUAGAUGUGACAUGAUAUCGUUAUUGUUCCAAGCAUAGUGAAAGCUAAUGUGGUACAACAUCUGGGUCUGCAAUGGCUUCACCUGAGAUACUUUCAUAGUAGAAAUAUAUGAAUCUGACGUUACCUAAACUGUUACCCUUACACUAGUUGUUAAUAAAAAAUAUAUGC